GUCCUCCCCUGGCCGACCGGGAAGUAACUGAAGACUGGGCGAUGGCAGUUCUGGAGAGCUCCCUUCGGGGCAGACCCGACGCCACGGUGCCCCCGCGGUAAACCGGACCAGAGCGUGGGCACCGGGUUCGAAGGGAUGGAGGGGUCUAAAACGUCCAGCAGCACCAUGCAGGUGAGCUUCGUGUGCCAGCGCUGCAGCCAGCCCCUGAAACUGGACACGAGCUUCAAGAUCCUGGACCGUGUCACUAUCCAGGAGCUCACAGCUCCGUUACUUGCCACAGCCCAGGUGAAACCAGGAGAGGCCCAAGAGGAAGAGGCUAACUCAGGAGAAGAGCCAUUUAUUGAAACUCGCCAGGAUGGUGUCUCUCGAAGAUUCAUCCCCCCAGCCAGUCCAUCCAGGCCAUCCUUCGUGCUGAGUGCCCCUGUGGAAGACCAGCAUGGCCUUCCCUUGGGAGAGAGGAUGAUGUCCACAGAAAGUGCCAACAGCUUCACUCUGAUCGGGGAGGCAUCUGAUGGCGGCACCAUGGAGAACCUCAGCCGAAGACUGAAGGUCACUGGGGACCUUUUUGACAUCAUGUCAGGCCAGACAGAUGUGGAUCACCCGCUGUGUGAGGAAUGCACAGAUACUCUUUUAGACCAGCUGGACACUCAGCUCAACGUCACUGAAAAUGAGUGUCAGAACUACAAACGCUGUUUAGAGAUCUUAGAGCAGAUGAACGAGGAUGACAGCGAACAGCUACAGAUGGAGCUGAAGGAGCUGGCGUUAGAGGAGGAGAGGCUGAUCCAGGAGCUGGAAGAUGUGGAGAAGAACCGCCAGAUAGUGGCCGAAAAUCUCGAGAAGGUCCAGGCCGAGGCCGAGAGACUGGAUCAGGAGGAAGCUCAGUAUCAGAGGGAAUACAGUGAAUUUAAGCGACAGCAGCUGGAGCUGGAUGAUGAGCUGAAGAGUGUGGAAAACCAGAUGCGUUACGCCCAGAUGCAGCUGGACAAGCUGAAGAAAACCAACGUCUUCAAUGCAACCUUCCACAUCUGGCACAGCGGACAGUUCGGCACAAUCAAUAACUUCCGCCUGGGCCGCCUGCCCGGUGUUCCUGUGGAGUGGAAUGAGAUCAACGCUGCGUGGGGCCAGACGGUGCUGCUGCUCCAUGCCCUGGCCAGUAAGAUGGGUCUGAAGUUUCAGAGGUAUCGACUCGUUCCCUACGGAAACCAUUCCUAUCUGGAGUCUCUGACAGACAAAUCUAAGGAGCUGCCAUUAUACUGUUCUGGGGGGUUGCGGUUUUUCUGGGACAACAAGUUUGACCACGCCAUGGUGGCUUUCCUGGACUGUGUGCAGCAGUUCAAAGAAGAGGUUGAGAAAGGCGAGACACGUUUUUGUCUUCCUUACAGGAUGGAUGUGGAGAAAGGCAAGAUUGAAGACACAGGAGGCAGUGGCGGCUCCUAUUCCAUCAAAACCCAGUUUAACUCCGAGGAACAGUGGACAAAAGCUCUCAAGUUCAUGCUAACGAAUCUUAAGUGGGGUCUUGCUUGGGUAUCUUCACAGUUUUAUAACAAAUGACUUUUUUUCUUAGGGAGAUGUUUGCCUUAAAGGCUUUAAAUUUUGUUUUGUUUGCAAAAAAAAAAGUGUUUUAAAUUAAAUUCGGGUACUGUUAACAGCACAUGUUUACACUACCAAAACAGAAAAACCCCACGGAAGUCACUUUAUUUCAGGAUAUCAUGUGACAGACAGUUUCCAGAGCCACAACAUGCCGUGUACAGCUACCAGCCUUUGUCAUAGGUUUGACUCUUAACCCCAAACCUUCCUUUCCCUCUCUCCCCUCAAAACAACUAAUUUAAAUAUGUUUUUGUUUUUUUGUUAACUGAGUUGAAUUGAGAUCAGUGUGUUUUCACUGGGUUUUAUCUCUCAACUUCCUGCACUUACAACAUGAAAUAGAAACUUCUGUCUCCGCUGGGACGAUGAGAUGUGUGAGACGUACAGUCGGCGAACGGGAGAAAAUGACACGUACGCUUUGGCCACCAGGUGAUGUGAUCAGAAGCUUGAAAUUUAACACCUGUCCUCACUUGGUUCUCGUGUAAAUGCCUGCCCUGCUGUUAGAGAUCUGAAGCGGUGUUUGAUACUGUUGGAGACAUUGUGGAGAGAUUUAAUUAUUUGUAAUAAAAGAUUUACUGCAGUCUAAUAAC